AUGUGUCCUAUAACAACAACAAAACCACUGCUGACAAAAAUGCAUCCCCCAAUAAACAAAAGCAACUCACACAGAACAGAAAAUAAACCUCCGCGUUGGUCGCUCCUACUAUCCUGUCUCAUACUGCUCGGCGUAUCCUGCAACAGCCACAUCACAAGCACACAUGCGGCAACAACAAACACUCAUAAACAAUUCGCGCAUCAGCAACUGCAUAGCCUCGCGCCCGCGCAGCUGCUGCGCGAGUACGCGGAGACGCCACUGCCGCUGAACACAAGUCGUGCGGCAAGCGAUGAGUCCAGCUUGGAAGCGUUACUGGCGCGCAGUCAUGUUGCGGCGAAGAAGUUGCAACGCCAACAGCCGGAGCUGACAACGCAGCAACACCGCCAGCAACAACAACAGCACCGCGCACAAAAGCGCAAAAAGCAACACAAGCAACACAGGCGACAGGAAGAGUUGCAGCCGCACAAAUCACACAAGCAUGAAAAAUCGCGUAAACAACGCGAACAACAUGCGCCACAAGCGACGCAAACACAUCGGGCAACACAUCGUAAAACCAAAAGUGGUCUGCCCAUCGAGAGCAACAUAAAUCGCGAUGAAUUUGUUGCGGACAAUAUUGCGCUGGCAGAUGCCACAAAUACGGUUGCGGCCACAAAGGCAGCAACAUCGGCAUUCGCUGUCAGCACAAACAGACGUGCCACGGCGCCGCAACAGCAGCAGCAGAAGAAGAAAAAUGGCCGUAACGGCAUGGCCAACGGUGUUGCUGGUGGUGGUGGCGGUGGUGGUAACAACAACAAUGGUGGCGGCGGCCGUAAUGGUCAUGGCAUCAGAGACGUCGGACGUCAGAAAUUGCACAGAAACGUAUUGCGCAUGCUCAACAGUCAAUCGGACUCACAAGCCGACGGCGGUCUCUACCCGCCACUCUUCAAUGUUGCACCACGCGCACAUAUCACCGUCAAUGCCACCUGUGGACAGAGUGGGCGCGAAGAGUAUUGCAAAUUAGUCGACGCGUAUCCGCACAAGAAAUGGGCCACACAAUGUGGCAUUUGCAAUGUGCAAUCGUCCGAUGUGGCCAAGCAGCGACCGAUCGAGGCUGUCAUCUCCAAUACGAAUUUCGACGAGCGUUGGUGGCAAUCGCCGACGCUACAGUAUGGCAGGCACUUUGAAUACGUCACGAUAACAUUGGAUUUGCGGCAGAUAUAUCAAGUCUUCUUUGUCAUGCUUAAGUCGGCAAACUCACCCAGACCCGCCUCUUGGGUAUUGGAGAAAUCGCUGGACGGUUUCACUUACAAUCCCUGGCAAUAUUUUGGACUCAGCGACGCGGAUUGUCAGCGGCGUUACGGUUUGACCGGCCAGAAUGGCAAAUACGUUUUCGAAAAUGAUACCGAAGUCAUAUGCACGACACAAUUCUCAAAAGCGCUACCACUCGAGAACGGCGAAUUACAUGUUUCGCUGUUGAAAAACCGCCCCGGUGCUAUGGAUCAAAGCGAUGAACUAAUGAACUUCAUAACAGCGCGUUAUAUACGCAUACGCUUGCAGGGCAUGCACACAACCGCGAACUUGGAUAACAGCGUCGAUUGGCUGCUGGAUGCGCAAUCGCUGGAGAAGCGCUCUUUCUACUCACUCAAACAGAUACGCGUAAGUGCGCGCCUCGAUUGCCACGGUCAUGCUGAUAAGACUGUUGAGUUGGCGGAGAAGCGCGCCGACGAGUUGGAGUACGCGCAACUCGCAUCCACGCUGCAAUGUGUCUGUCAGCAUAAUACCUGCGGCGCCGAUUGCGGCGAAUGCUGUGCGCUCUAUCAAGACAAACCAUUUCGCAACGGCACUGCGCGUGAGCCAAACGAAUGCGCGCUGUGUCAGUGUAACGGACAUGCGGAGUCUUGCUUUUAUGAUGCAUUUCUGGACCGCGGCAUCUGUCAGCAGUGUCAAAACAACACCGCCGGCAAUGAGUGUGAGUUUUGUGUGAGCGGCUACUAUCGCGCCAUAAAUGAAACGCUCGCGACGCCCUGCCAGCGCUGUGAAUGUGAUGGACGCGGCGCUGCAGGCACCUGUGAUCCCGUAAGUGGUCAGUGCCACUGCCGGGAGGGCUUUCAGGGUGCGCGUUGCGACGAAUGCGCUAGUGGUUACUAUGGGGACGAGUGUCGUCGCUGUGAGUGUGAUGUGCGCGGUACUAUACCAGACACGGAAUGCGCGGGUGUGUGUAAAUGUAAAGCGCAUGUGACCGGCGAUAGCUGUGGUGAUUGCUUACCAGGCUAUUAUGAUCUAAGCGCCGCGCAUCCAGAUGGCUGUGCGCCCUGCUGGUGUUCGGGUGUGGGCUUGUCGUGCAGUAGCGCUGUGUUGCAAACGCUCGCCUUCGAGACGCUGAACGAUUGGAAGGUAACGGACAUGACGCGCUCCCAAGUAGUCGCUGCGACUGUGGAUCCCGAUACAAAUUAUCUAGUUUAUGGCAUGGACGAUCUGAAUGAUGUGGAAGCUAUUUACUGGCAAGCGCCACAAGGUUAUCUCGGUAAUCGACUCACUAGCUAUGGCUCGCGUCUCACCAUACAAAUUAACUGGGUCACCAUACGUGGCGAUACAUCUGGCAAACCUACCGCUGGACCUGACAUCAUACUAUUCGGACGCAACGGUCUCAAAAUUGCUUAUGGUGACACUACAUAUACACAUGGUUCAGCGGCUACCAUUAACAUUACGCUCGAAGAGUCGGGUUGGUAUCAUGUGCCGCCAGCUGUGCGCGAUAUUAAGACGCGCCUGAGACGCACUGAAUAUCACGGAUCAGCGGUGACUCACGCUCAAAUGCUUUCAGUUCUAUCUGCUCUUGAUGCUUUACUUGUACGCGGCACUUUUCACACGGAUCAAGUGGAAACCUCAUUGGAGCGCGUAAUUAUAUACUCGGGCGGCACAGAGUUAGGCGCCGCGAAGGCAAGCACGCGCGUUGAACAAUGCGUUUGUCCCAUCGGCUAUUCAGGUCUCUCUUGUGAGAGUUGCGAUUUCGGCUUCAUACGCAUCUGGGAGAACGCGACUGAUCAUCAGCUGGUAGCUAAGUGUAUACCUUGCCCGUGCAAUGGUCACUCGAACUCAUGCGACUUGCAGAGUGGCGGCUGUGGCAACUGCAUGCACAACACCUAUGGCGAGCGUUGUGAGCGUUGUAAAGUGGGCUACUACGGCAAUCCGCUGCAAGGCACCGAAUACGACUGCAAACGCUGUGCUUGCCCUCUGCUGGUGGAUAGCAACAACUUUUCGCCCAGUUGUCAGUUGAAAACAUACAGCAUCAUGGAUCUGAACCCCAUAUACGGCGUGGUGGAGAAUUCCGAAUACAUUUGCACACAGUGUCCGCCCGGCUACACUGGUGACCACUGCGAGAUGUGCGACGACGGCUACUAUGGCAAUCCAACGGAGUUGGGCUCACAGUGCCGGCCAUGCGAUUGCAAUGGUGGACCGUGUGAUGUCUUCACGGGGCAAUGCAUCAUAUGCGACGGCAACACGGAGGGCUGGCGUUGUGAACGCUGCAAGCUCGGCUACUGGGGCGAUCCCUCGGCGGGCUGCGAGCCAUGUGAUUGCUAUAUAGACGGUUCGGAUAGUGAUUAUUGUGACAGCACGAAUGGUCAGUGUUUAUGUAAACCGCGUUUCGCCGGUCAAAAGUGUGACGAGUGUGACGCGGGUUUCGCGAAUGUCGAUUUGAAGUGUUUACCGUGUAAUUGUAAUCCAUUCGGCGCGGAGGAUAUAGACUUUUGUGAUCCCGAUAGUGGUCAGUGUCAGUGUAAACCUGGUGUGACAGGUCUGAAAUGUGAUGAAUGUGCCGAGGGACAUUUUGGACUCAAGGAGGAAUCCGAUGGUUGUGAGGAGUGUCAGUGCAGCCCGAUCGGCGCCAUCGCCGUCUCAUGUGACAAGCGUACCGGUCAAUGUGCCUGUCUGGCCAACGUUACCGGCCGGCGCUGCGACAAAUGCAAAUCAGGUCAUUGGAACCUCACGCAAGGCGUCGGCUGUCAUGACUGUCGCUGCGAUCCGGCCGGUUCGCGCAGCCACGAAUGCAACCCGUGGACGGGCCAAUGCGAUUGUAAGAUCGGUGUAGGCGGUCAACAUUGCAAUGAGUGUACGGACGGUUUUUACGGCUUCUCCAGCGAUGGUUGUCAACGUUGUACGCAGUGCGCGGGCGAAGGACAAGUUUGUGAUCCGUUGAAUGGUCGCUGCAUCUGUCCGCCGAACAGUCGCGGGUUGGGUUGUGCACAAUGUGUGGCCGGUACUUGGGGUUGGCAGCCGCGUCUCGGUUGUCGCAAUUGUGCCUGCGAUCGUAUCGGUUCAAUCGGCCAGCUGUGUGAGUCGUUGAACGGCCAGUGCCAGUGUCGUGAGGGUUAUGCGGGCCGGCAGUGUGACACGUGUGCAAUUGGUUACUUUGGUUAUCCGGAGUGCAGGCGCUGCAAUUGCAAUGUGGAUGGUUCGUUUGUGCACGCCGAUGGCUCGAUCACUUGCGAUGCGAACGGCCAGUGUCCGUGCAAAGCGCUGGUGGUUGGACUCAAAUGUGACACGUGCAUGAAAUCAACCUUUGGUUUGUCGGCACUCAACCCGGAAGGUUGUACGCGUUGCUUCUGCUUUGGUCGUUCGAGUGAGUGUGUGCAGAGCGAAUGGUCAUGGGGACAUAUACGCAUGGCGGAGGCACGCAACCUGAGCGUGCAAUACAUACGACCGCAAUACGUUACGAAUACGGAGUAUGAGUAUAUUGUUGUUGUGCAGAUGGCGGGCGCGAAGAGCUAUCGCGAAGAUGCCGAAAUACACCUGCUCAACGAUCUGAAUUUGAUACCACGCUCCACGGGCAAUGUGUCAAUCGGCGCAUACACGAAUUUCUUUCAUCCACUCUACUUCCAACUGCCACCGCAAUUCUAUGGUGAUCGCACUAGCAGCUAUGGUGGUCACUUGUACUUUACGCUUCUGAUCGAAGGCGCUAAUCGGCCACUGGAACGAAAUGUGCUCUCACGUUUCCCGCUAGUGCAGAUACAUUCGCACAAGAAGUUGGUGCUCGACUAUUACGAAUAUGAGAACUACGAGUAUGCGCUCAAUGUGACCUACAAAGUGCCUCUUCACGAGUCCGAGUGGAAGUUUCAUCACAACAGUCAGACGGUGGAUCGUGCUACAUUGAUGGCAGCGCUGCAGAAUGUGAAGCAUAUCUUUGUGCGAGCCUCGGCAUUCGCGGACUUCACUGAAGUAGUGCUGAGCAACGUUCACAUGGACUCAGCCAUUUAUGUUUACGGUUCCACGAAUAUGAUAGCCAAAGGUGUUGAGCACUGCAAGUGCCCGAAGCGUUAUGAUGGGCUAUCGUGUCAAGAUCCUGGCAAAGGUUUUUACCGUUAUCGCAAUGUCACUGAAAUCGAGACCGUCUUCAUAGAGGAUCUCAUCGGACGCGUUGUGCCCUGUCAUUGUAACGGACGGAGCAAUGAAUGCCAACGCGAGACGGGUAUUUGCUUGAAUUGUCGCGAUAACACAGGCGGUGGCCACUGUGAGCAAUGUGCAGAUGGCUAUUAUGGCGAUCCAAAUUCGCCAUACGGCUGUCAGUCGUGUCCCUGCCCGGAAACAAGCCGUAAUUUCGCUAAAGGCUGUAAUGUCUGGCAGGGUGAGGUUAGUUGCGUUUGUAAACCCGGUUACACCGGCAAACUGUGUGAUCAGUGUCGCACUGGCUAUUUCGGCAAUCCACUGGCUUAUCCGAAUAGCACCUGUCAGCCGUGUAACUGCAAUCUGGAUGGAUCAACAAACGACGACUGCGACAGUCAAACUGGACAGUGUCAGUGUCGGCCAGGUGUGACUGGUCUCAAAUGCGACCGUUGCAUUGCGGAACGCAGCCAUCUUGAAGAUCGCGGCUGUCGAAUUUGUGACAAUUGCACACUGUUGCUGCUGGACUACAUCGAGCUGAUCAGCAAUAAGCUACGCCGUGGUCUGCACAAUAUGGAUAUGACGGGCAUACCAGCACCUUACCUGAAAGUAGACGACUACGAGCGCGACUACAACACACUACAAAUUCACUAUGAAGACUACACGAACGCGCGCAAACUGUUGGGAAACUAUGAUGUCAACGAAUUGCUGAAGAUCGACUCACACGCCGAGAAUAAUAAAUUUCAGUCACGCAAAGCGCUGGCCACUGCAACCAAGCGCAAAGAGGCUGUAAGCCAACUAAGGAAUGAUGUGACCACCCUCUAUGUGGAUAUAGGCGCGCUCCGUCCAGAUAUUUUACAAUAUAUUUUCACGCUCAACAAUUACGGUAAGAGUGAGCAGCACAUGAGUCUACCGAUGGCGUUAGAACAAGCGCGCUUCUAUUUGGCCUCCAUACGACAACACGAGGAAACCGUGAAGAACAUACGUAACUCCACGCAAUGCGCUUGGCACUUCUACUAUCACUUUGGUAACGCAUCGGAUGCGGCAUUCGAUCAGGAAGCGCGUGUCGAAAUGUUCUGGCGUGAUCUUAAUCAAAGUAAUGUUCGCAUAUCCGAUAUGCGUCUACACGUCGAUCGAACGGUGGAAAUGCAAAGCGAGAUCGAAGACACAUUAGAGCAUGUGGUGAAUUUGCGCAAUCAUGUUGCGGAAGAUUACAGUAAAAUCAAUGAGCUGGGCACUGAUGUCACGGAUUAUUUGAAUCAGAGCUUAAUACCGCGCACAAAUCUAUUGAUCGAGCAGAAUUGGGCACAACAAGAGCAACUGACAGGUGUGACCGAUACGAUUGAUAGACUCUAUGAACAAUUGAAUAUCUCCAUGGAUGAUAGUGAGGGCUUACAGCGUGAGGUGCGCAAGCAUUGGCUGCCGAAAGCACAAAAACAUGCCGAUAGAUUGAUGGAGCGUUCGAAUGAGUAUGCCAGACAGUUUCAACCCACGAGAAAUGGCGCGAAAAUCGCGUUAUUGGCAAGUUCCGCGCAUAAGAACAUAUCCGAUGCCAUUGACGCUGCAAGACGAGCAUCAAUCGAAGCCAAAGCACGUGUUUGGGAAGCACAGAGAAGACUCUAUCCCGACGAUGGUAGCUCUGUGAUUGAACGUGCUGAGAUAUCACUAAACAAAUCUAGAGCACUACAAAAAGAAGCGCUUGCCGAGAUGGAACGCACCAAUGCGCUCAAGCAAAAACUCCAAAUACACGAAGACAAAGUGGACAGCAUCAAAACUACGAUCUACGACGCGGGCACGCGCACCAACAACGUCUCAGCACAUUUACAUGCGGCGGCUAACAACUCAGCGCGUCGGUUGGCUUUGGAGAGCAUAGACAUGGCGAAGAAUAUUAGCAACGAAAUGCGGCACGAACUGCAAAAGGCGAGACGGUUGCACGAGGAAAUCCUGAAGUUACGCGAGAAGUUCGCCAUCUUAGAACCAGAUUGGGAAAUCAAGCUAGGACGCGCCGAGGAGAAUAUUUCGCUCACUAAGACCAAUAUACGUCUGGCGAACAUAUCGCUCUCGUAUGUAGAAGAACAAGCGCAGAAGGAGAAAGCGAAAUUCGAUGAAUGGAAUAAUACGAUGUCCAGUCAAGUGCAGGAAUUGCGCGACAAAAUCGCUAAAGCACGACAUGCAGCCGAGGGCAUUAAAAUCUCACUGGAAUCGCUGAAUCCGAAAUGCUCGCGCACCUAUCUACCCACCUUAUAUGGGCUCUCCACUUCAAACACCAUAAAAAUUUCAUUUGCGCUGCCCAAUCGAAACGGCAACUCGCCACUGUUGCACAUACAAGGCAGCGACGGCCGCUAUAUCGCACUCGAACUCUACAAGCGGCACGUACGUCUAGUUUGGAACCUUGGCGGCACCACCACCAUCAUUACACAUCCACUGGAAGUGCAAACGCGUGAUCCCAAGUAUGAUGACGCCUGGUAUCAUGUGGAAGCGAAUCGCACACUGAACAUAGGUAGUCUUUUGGUACGGCGCAUGAAUAACUAUGGCGCGCUGGUGCCCGGUCAAGCCGUAACUGGUAAUACCGACGCUGGCUAUACGCGCUUCUUCCAAACGCCCAACGAACGCAUACAUCUCGGCGGUUAUCCGAGCGAUAUGUCACAGAAGGAGAUGCAACAAAGUGCGGGUCUCAAUGUUGUCGUGCACAACGUGGAGGUAGACAAUCGUCCCUUGGGCAUAUGGAACUUUAUCACUAGUGAGGGGCGUUGUGGCGGCGCAAUUACUGGUGCACAGGAAUCCACAUCAACCUCGAUAGCAAGACACUUCAAUGGCGUGGGUUAUGCGGAGGUGAAGAAGUCACGUUUGAGAUCGUAUCGUAUGAAUUUGUUUGCGCUACAAAUGACCUUCAAGACACUGGAUGAGAAUGCGCUGCUAUUCCUGGCGGUUGAUGAUAAGAAUAAUCGCUCCGUGUCGGUGACGCUCAGUCGUGGACGCAUUAUGUUCCGCAUUGAUUACGGCGAUGAGGCAAAAUUGGAAAUAAACACCACCAACAAAUACAACACGGGUAAAUGGGUUAAGAUUGAGGCAGCGCGUGAGUUCGUGCCGAGACGCGGCACUGAGAAUGGUAUCUUACGCGUGGACAACGAACGUGCCAUCACUGGUUCGCCCACUGUGCCCAUUAAGAGUCACAUGUUGCCGGAUUUGUCGAAGCCGGUAUACUAUUUGGGCGGUGUGCCGCCAGGUUUCAAAUCGGGUACCUCCAAGGCACCUGGUGCGGAUAAUCCCUUCCUGGGUUGUAUGAAGGACGUGCAAGUCAACAGAGAAACUUACGAUCCACUGGAGGGCUCAACACACUUUGGCGUAGAGCCAUCUUGCAAGGAAGUUAUAACAAAAGCCGGCUUCACAGGUCAGGGUUACAUCGAGCUUCCCUCCCAGUCACUACGUAAGCGCGCCAACACCGGUUUCGUUUUCCGCACCUUACAAUCCGAUUGCCUACUAUUGCUCUCCGCCUAUCCACCCGAAGUUGCUGAGGACUACGACGACAAAGACAUCAAGGGAAAUUAUUCGAUCAGCUUAAUCGACGGUCAUCUGCAAGUAUGGAUCAACUCCGGACGCAGUCUUUUGAAAAUCAUUUCGAACAACACGCUUAACGAUGGUGAAUUCCAUGUGGUGAAUUUAAUUAAAACUGGUCGCAAAUUCGAACUGAUGGUUGAUGAUGAGUUGCAAGACACGAAAAGCCUAACCGGCGCGCCCACACUUGUCAGCAUGCCACGUGACGCCGGCGGUCUCUACAUCGGUGGUGCUCCACCUUAUGAGGAGUUCACACCACUAGCACCUACUUUUAUCAAACUAGAGGGCGCCAUACGCGAUGUGGUCUUCAAUAACCAUACGGUCAACUUGAACCAGGCGGUGGCCUUCUCGAACGUGCAAAUCGGCCGGAACGGGCCACCAAUGGGUACUGUAAAUGGACUUAUCGAUGUACUGCUUAAGACUGAACCGAUGAUUGGCAAGAGCUUUACCGCAUCGCCUGAGGGAUGUUUAAGGGUCGGCAGCUAUUCGUACGAGCCGAGCGCCUUCAAAUUCGGCGAUGUAACGCACAGUUACGCCCAACUUCAAGUGCCACAACGCAAUUUCUGGCAACGUAAUUUUCACAUCUCUUUCGGUUUUCGCUCCUUCUAUCCGAACGGUUUAAUCUUCCUAGCACCGGGCAGCAAGGAGAAGCAUAAACACUAUGUAGCGCUGCUGCUCAAGAACGGUCAACUGCUUUUGAUAGUGCGCGGUCGCCGGCGUGAAGAAUUGAAAUUGACAGCAAAAUUAGACGACGGCGUAUGGCAUCACGUGACGAUAUUGUGUCAGGAGCGCAAAGUAACCAUGUCGGUGGAGAUUGGACAAACCGAUCAGAAGACAUCGGCGCAGAUGAAGGUGCCGAAAAAGAUUGCGGCCACAAAUGUGCUGUAUGUUGGCGGUUUGCCCGAGAAGGUGCCUAAAUUGCCAACGGAGUUGCUGCAACGACUGGAAGCCUUCAAAGGUUGUCUGCGUGGCAUGAGCAUAAAUAAUAGCACGCAAGAUCUGGCGCGUCCGGGCAAACAUCUGCAUGUUGGACAGUGUUUUCCGAAAGUGGAGAAGGGUGCAUACUUUCCCGGCGAUGCCUACGCGAUAUAUAAACGCAACUUCCAUGUCGGCAAAUACUUGGAGUUCGAGCUCGAUUUCCGCACCUCCGAACUUUUCGGUACACUGUUAAGUAUCUCAGAGCCCUCAGGUUUUCCAGCGCUCUCGUUAGAACUCAACAAUGGCAAUAUCAUCUUUUCCACCGACCUCGGCGAUGGCAUGCCAUUCCGCGUACAAUCGGAACUACCCAGCAAAUACGCUUUAUGCGACAAUAAAUGGCACAACAUUUCGGCGCUUUACGAUUACGAACACAUCACAUUACGCAUCGAUCAGAUGGCGACCACCAAAGCGCGAUCGACACAACAACGCAACAACAGCAAAGUACAAACGAAGUCGGCGCUUUACAUAGGCGGUCUACCAGAAGUCGCUCCCAGCGGCACGCUGCUCGCCCGCGAAAACUUCAAAGGCUGCAUACGCAAUGUGUCCAUACGUCAGGAGCGACGCGAUUGGAUCGACAUGGACGAGCUGCAUAAUGUUUUGUUAAGCGAAUGUCUGGUCACAGGCGUGGACAACUGAUUGUGAUUGUGUGUGCGAAUAUGUGUGAUUGCAAUGUAUUUGCGUAGAAGUUUAGGUGAGAGUGGUCACAGUGAAAUGCUUUAGUAUUUAGACAACGCUUGAAAAUGUAGCUGCGAUUUUCGUUUAUGUUUAAGUAGACCGUCGAUGCCUUUUGGUAGACCUGUAGCAUACCGAAAUAGACUAAUUAAGGCAUAAACAUGAGUUUGUUGUCUCAACCGCCGGGUUUUUAUUACAUACAUGCAUAUAUGUGUGUAUGAGUGUGAGCUGCAAUGUAUCAUUGUGAAGAGCAUCUAAUUUGAAAGAAAUAUCGGUUGAGUAGUUCGACCGGAAUCAUG